AUGAUGCCUGAGUACAUUCGUCUCGCCAUGCGCGACUGUAUCAAACGUAAAGAUACAACCGCCAUUCCCCACCAUUUGCUUCUUCCCGGUGGCGCCGUGGCUGAUAUGGCUCCUCACGCGCCGAUGGUUGUGUUUAUAAACCCCAAGAGUGGUGGUCGUCAUGGUCCUGUGCUUAAAGAGAGGCUUCAACAGUUGAUGAGUGAAGAACAGGUUGCGGGAGGUGAUGGUACUGUUGGUUGGGUUCUUGGAUGUCUUGGAGAGCUUAACAAAGAAGGGAAGUUACCAAUCCCUCCUGUUGGCGUCAUCCCUCUUGGUACAGGAAAUGAUCUCUCAAGGAGUUUUGGUUGGGGUGGUUCGUUCCCUUUUGCGUGGAGAAUUGCUGUUAAAAGAACGCUCCAUCGCGCAAGUAUGGGUCCAGUUGCUCGACUUGAUAGCUGGAAGAUUCUAGUGUCAAUGCCAUCUGGAGAAGUGGUGAAUUCUCCUUAUUCUUUAAAACCAGCUGACGAAAACGAACUUGACGAGGUUAGGCUUGAUUCUUCUCCUCAUCAUGGCUCAUUCUUGUGGUUUUCUGGGCUUGGUAUGGAUGCUCAAGUUGCAUACGGCUUCCAUAAUCUUCGCAACACUAAACCAUAUCUUGCUCAAGGCCCUAUCUCAAACAAGCUUAUUUAUUCUGGCUUUAGUUGCACUCAGGGUUGGUUUUGCACCCCCUGUGUCAGUGAUCCUGGCUUAAGGGGACUUAGGAACAUACUGAAGAUCCACAUCAAGAAGGUUAAUUUCUCUGAGUGGGAAGAGAUAGCAGUCCCAAAAAAUGUGAGAUCAGUUGUGGCAUUGAAUCUUGAAAGCUAUGGAAGUGGAAGUCAUCCCUGGGGUAAUCUAAGACCGGACUAUCUAGAGAAGAGAGGAUUUGUGGAGGCUCAUUGUGAUGAUGGUUUGAUAGAAAUCUUUGCUUUCAAGCACGGGUGGCAUGCCUCAUUUGUCAUGACUGAACUCAUCUCAGCCAAGCACAUAGCUCAGGCUGCUGCGGUUAGAUUUGAGCUAAGAGGAGGUGAUUGGAAAGAUGCGUUCUUGCAAAUGGAUGGAGAGCCAUGGAAGCAGCCGAUGAGCACUGAUUACUCAACGUUUGUGGAGAUUAAGAAAGCUCCUUUUCAAUCUCUAAUGAUAAAUGGUGUGUGA